CCGAGCAGGCUGAACACAUUCCAAUUCGAGUUGUAGUCUUGACAAUGGGUCACGAGGAGGAGCUGAAUCCCGAGGAAAUCGAUCCAAAAAAGUCAGCAUUACGUGGCGCUGUCGAACGCACUUGGAACGAUUUCUGUGCCACAAGCAGCAUACAUGGCCUCAAGUAUACCCGAGACAAGGACACUAAUCGCAUGGUUCACUUUGUCUGGAUACUCAUCUCGGUGGUAAUGUUCAUCUGCGCCUUUGUCAUGGCGCAGACCUUCUACGCGGACUAUCGACGAAGUCCGACGCGCAUGAAUGUGGAAAGCGACCACACGCCCGUGAGCAAACUCUUCUUUCCGCCCGUUACCAUCUGCCCCGAGGUGCUGUUCAACAUGGCCAAGUCCAAGGCAUUCAUUGAAACACUGAACAUGACCGAUGACGUUCAAGUCGCUGAUGUGUUGCAGCACUUGCACAUAUUCUAUGGCUUCAUGCUGGACGAUGAACGUUUCUCGCAGGAGGAGAUCGAGAUUAUGGAGUCCUUACUGCUGCAUAACAAUCUGACCAUGCAUCAAUUUGUGGAUCGUCUGCGUUGGGACUGCGAUGAGUUGCUUUAUCGCUGUCGCUUUCACGGCGAUAUUAUUAAUUGCAAUCAACUCUUUCAGCUGUCGAAGACCUUCUUCGGCCACUGCUGCUCCUUCAACCUUCGUCAACGCGGGUGGACUAGAGCCGGGUAUAAUCAAGUCUAUAUAUAAUAUAUUAUAACUUUAUUCAGCAUCAAUUUCACUGCCCAACAAGCGGCUGGUGGUCUAGACAAUGGCUUGUCGUUGAUACUGCGUUACAAGGACGAGAACUACGAUGCACUUAAAUCCUAUUCACAUGGCUUCAAGCUUCUGAUUCAAGAGACUGAUGCUUUUCCCAGUGCACAUGCCAUCUGCAAGUUUCUCGGUCUCAAUACUGAAUCAUUUGCGACUCUUCGCAUCGAGCAGACUUUCUGCUCAGAAGCGGUCAAGGCAUUAUCGAUUGAACAACGGAAUUGCAUUUUCCGGGAUGAGUUUCAAAUGCGCUACUUUUCGGAUUAUGUGUAUCCCAACUGUGAGCUGAACUGUCGGGUCAGCAACAUGAUCAAAUUCUGUGGCUGUCACACCUAUUUCUUUGACUUUAAUCGCACCAGGGAACGCAUUUGCUCCUUUCGUGAUAUUCCAUGCCUUGUGGAUAACUUUCGUAGGAUCCUUAACAUUUUUUUUUUGUGUACUGCGAGUACAAGCAUCUCACUCACAGCUGCCAUCAUCACGCGUCAAAGGAAGACGCAGUGUAACUGUCCUUUGACCUGUGAACACUACGAUUACGAUGUGCAGAUCUCGAACUCUGGGUUACAACUAAACAUGCCUGUCAUUGAUCCAUUCUACAAUGGUAUCGAAGAGAAUGAUGCCAUCGUCCAUAUCUUUGUCAACUCUCAGGUUUAUCGACGGGUGCGUGUGGAUCUACUUUCCAAUAUGGUUACUUUGGUCUCAAAUCUUGGAAGUGCCUUCAGUCUGUUUGUGGGCAUGAGCAUGUUGUCUCUAGUGGAGAUAUUCUACUAUUUUUCUAUAAUACUGCGUCGAAAUUACGUUCAGGAAUGUCGGGCCCGACAGAAACUUCAAAUGUCACACCGACGCCCGAACUUUGCCUGGCCGCCAGCUAAGCGCGCAGGUGACAAGAACAGCAAUCAGCAGAAAUCUGUUUUCUAUAUCGCAGGUCAUAACUAAUCAGUUGUUUGGUGAUAACAAGUUUCAAUUACUGUCAUAAAUUGUAAUAGACAAAUAAAUAACGAAUUAAAGCAAUUUCAAUUGCUGCGAAGUUUAAAUACACUUAAAUACAAUUAUUUGUUCAUCGUCCAUAAUACAUUAACAACACAUUUAAUUGAACUCAGCAACAUUCUACUUUGCUCAUCAACAUUUCGGCUUGGCAACAUUUUAACUCAUCAACAUUUGUAGCUCUCUGCUUUUUUUGUGCA